GGGCGCCUCUCUCCCUCGGAAAGCACUCUCCCUAAGCUCUAAGUUUAACAAAUUAGACGGCGAAAUCGGGCUCGUUGGUUUAGAAGUCGGAUACUUUUAAAAACUGUACCAGGACGGAUCGGCUCAAAAUGAAAACCCACGGAUGUCGCCUUUUUUGCUUACUCAUCACAAGCCUAUUGUUCAACAACUUGAGCGCUGCACUGUCUAGGAAUCCUUCGUUUUACGCAUUAGACUUGGUGCACGACGAAUAUUCAGGUAAUGCGAAGCUUAUUUGGCAAGGCAACGCCGUAGCUACGAUUACUCAGUCUAGAACGAGCGGGGAAUACAGCCUGCACGCCCAUCUUCCUUGUUCGUCUUUCAUGGCCAUUGGAGGACCAACAGAUGGAAAUACCAAAAUCGUUGUAGACACGUCCAACGGCGCUUCAAUUCAGGAGUUACCAAUCAGCUCUCUCGAAGACUUUUCAUGGCAGGUUGCAUUCAACCAUCCCAAAUGGAACAAGGAACCUUCAAGGCUAACUCAAGUCGAUCCCACAAAGUUCCUGGCCGAAUUGCGACGCUGGGUUGCCGAAAAGCUUGGAAUCUCGCCUUCAUUCUCUUAUUCAAAGUCAGAAAAGGAGCAAUGAUGAUACAAAAAAAAAACAGAAACUGUUGGCGAAAACAAGAAGAUCCCUUAACAAUGACCGUUGGUUUAAUUUUUCAUCUGACCCACAUUCCCCUAAUUUUAUGAUGCGAUCCCUGUUGCUGCCACAUGUCCAAGAUAUCUUAUACUUAAUUAUUAAUUGUGCGCUUUUCAUACCUACUGUCAUUCUGUCGACUGAUCACCAGUAAUAUCCAUUACCCGAUAAUCUGUUAUCCAACCCCGUUAUCCUUUCAACAUAGCUCUUGUUUAGACGCCUAUAUCAGUUAGAAGCAAUCAGGACAAAAGCCACGCAACUAAUCAGGUUAAAAGCGG